CACGGCAUGCACGUAUCGUGCUGCGAAAGUUUUACGGGUCUCGCGGUGCGUCAAACGAGAAACGUGUUCGUGUGCCGACGCCGACGUCGGCGUCGUCGUCGAGACGCGUGAGAACGCGGGGCAGCGACGAGUCUGGCGCGUCCCUUACCCCGAAAGAAAUCCGCUUCUUCCUAGGCUCGACUUACGCACGCAGCGCGUGUGUGUGUAUGUGUGUGCGUGCGUGCGUGCGUGCGUGCGUGCGUGCGUGUGGGAAACAGAUCGUACAAAUCAACCGCCUUCUAACAAGCCACAUUAACCUCAAGUGAUUUCUAUUUUCUUACGAAGCGCGAAAGAAAUAUGUAAUUAGUAUGUUUAUAUUGACGUAAAGAAAAACCACACAAAAAGAAGAUAUUCCAAGAGCUUAGGUUCAGAAGAAGACAAAAGAUUAAGAGCUAUAUUAUCUAAUAAGUGUACAAAGUAUAUCUAACGAGAAAGGGGGAAGAAACAGAUAAAUUAAACAACUCCGCCAGUGCCAAAUCGAGGAAGAAAGCAAGGUGAAAGUGAUCGUUGUAACAGAGAGAAACGGAAAGAAGAUAGCGAAAAAGUAGAAUAAAGUAGAGCAAGAUUUAUUUUAUCCUGGAAUAAAUAAAGUAACUCUUUAGGCACAUACAGUGUUAUCUACAAAUUUCUUAAAAAUAAACAAACAAGUGCAAAAGCGGCAGCGAUAAUAGAAGGAAAAAACAAGAGAGAGGAAGAGAGAGAACAGACAAGGUAAUAUACAGUGCGAGGGCAGGACCGUAAACCAAAGAAUCUACCAUUUUUUUCUAUUCAUUGAAUAACAUAAUCUCUCGUCAGGUGAAAUAAUAGUGAGACACACACACACCGAUUCCUUCGUCAGAACCGAUUAAGAGUUAAGCGAGCCGGCGCCGUUUUGUAAAGGUUUAUAGAAAUAGCCGUAAAAUAUAAGUGCAUUUUUUAAACUGGACGCGUCACGUGACAGAUUUUCGCCAAGCGAAAGGAAGAAGAAGCAGACAAAGGGAGGAAUCAACCAGAUUCGCUUGAACACUCCCAGAGCAACCGAUCUACUUCAGUUCGUAGCCUAAACCUGUUGAGUACAAAAAGACACAGAGCUAGAGAUAUAGAUAGAGACAGAGGUAAAGGAAGAGAGAGAGAGAGAGAAAGAGUGAGAAGUUGAGUGCAAAAAAAAAGGGGGGAAAACGAUCGUAAUAUCGAAGAACCAACAAAGAAGACUACGUGCGAAAUAUACGGAAUAUCCAAUCGCGCGACAUCGUGCAUCGAAGUUGAAGAAUUGACUUCAAGACGAGAGUUGGACAGACACCGCGAAUGUCAAUCCACAAACGACACUACGCCGUUUCUAAGUCGGGUCUCUAGGAUCCGGCUCGACGCAUCAACGAGAAUCAAAGUGCGACUAGUCGCGAAAGAAGCGCCAAUGUCGCGUGCAAGAAUUUCAUUGAUUAUCCGUUCGAAAAAGACUAGAUAAUCUCGAGCCCGCGUACACAUCUCUGGGGCAAGUAUAUAGUGUUGAGGAGAAUCGGAACGCGAGAGGGAGUAUCGCUCGCGCGAUUCCGAGAGGAUCCGAAACGAAAAAGGAUUACCACCGUCAAGUGGCGAGACUCGCCGUACGAGGGACGGACGUUAAGGUCGCGAUGACGUGGCGAGGAAGAAGAUGAGCGCCGAGGUGACGAAGGAGGUCGUCGCCACCGAGAGGGUCCCGACGAGCCCUCCGGCGGCGGUCGCGACCUCACCGGGCACGGUUGGCGCCGGCGACCUGUCCGCGCGGCAUCUGCCGCCCUUCAGCAGCUUCGCCGGCGACAAUACGAUGGAUACCUCGACAACGCUGACGACCCUCCACUCGCAAGACGUCGGCACGGGUCUGAUACCGUCCUGGGAGUACUACGAGGGCCUGACUGGACGGCUGAUCGACUCCCGCGGCGAGGUUUUGGCGAACCAAUAUCGACCAUGGGAGUCUAAGGGCGGUAUAGAGGGCUUGCCCAGCUUCGCCAGCCAAUUUACCGCUCCGAGCGAGGCCGAACCGCAAUUGACGGCGUUGACGCCACUAUCACCGGCAUCUAUCUCGCAUUCGCCGCCAGUCACGUCGGCCGUGGGUCUACCGAGUUUCCACACGCUCGGGACACCGCUUCCAGUACCUCACCCGCAUCGCGGAUCCGUCGGUUAUCCUCUGGUACCGGCACCGGUACAGGCUCGGGAGGUCCCGGCGCUUCAGCAGCAGUUAUUCGACGAGCGUCACAUACAGCUGUUGGGCUCCAAUCCGGCCCAAGCGUUUCCGCCGCCGGGUCACCCUCAUCAUACCGUGCUGACCGUGGUGAAGCCCGAGUAUCCGCAAUUGCACCAUGCGAAUUUUCAAAAUCCGAUGUCGACCGUGCUGGAUUCAUCGCCGACCUCGCGACCGAUCGGCAUCGACGGUCGUAAGAAGGAGCGCAGAAAAAUCCGCGCGGGUUCCAUGGAAUCGGAAGAUGGCGGGGGCGGUGGCGGUGGUAGCGGGAGCGGCGGUACCGGUACCGGCAACGUGGAGAGUUCCGGCCAGGUCGCAGCUGUAUCCUCCACCGCGAAUCGCGGCGUGCAUCAUCUCGGCGGUGGUAUGACUGACGGCGACGGUGACAGCGGCCUCGGGGACAAGCCGGCGAAGAAGAAGCGAAAGAGAUGCGGAGAGUGCAUAGGCUGUCAGCGCAAAGACAACUGCGGGGAGUGUGCACCGUGCAGAAACGACAAGAGCCAUCAGAUCUGCAAGAUGAGGAGAUGCGAGAAGCUCACGGAGAAGAAGCACCUGUACCACCUGCAGACUGGCGAAGGGGCGUUCCGAGAGCGCGGGAGGGGACGAGGCAAGGGUGCCACGAGGAGUUAUCGAAAGAUUGCACGGCAAGUUAGUACGCCUGACAGCGCACCAGCUGGUCUUGGUAGUCCGCAGGCUGGUAUCGGCGGUUUGCAACAACAACACCAGCAACAAACGCAACAACCUUUGCAUCAGGCAGAUCCCAUGCAGCAGACCAAGGACAAUCUCAAUCCCGCGGCGAACCAACAAACGGGCGCCUUGAGGAACGGCAACCCGCCACCACCCGUCGUUUCUAUGUCACCCGGAGUAAUGCCAUUUUACGGAGAUUCCGGUGCUGGCUUCCGACCCGCUGGUUUCGGAAACACAGUUUGGCAUCAAGGAGUCGGACCGGUUGGCGCCGUCGCAGUCGAAACGUCACCGGCACCGUGGCCACCUCAACAAUUCAUUCAACAGAUUUCCGCGCCAAAUCAACUUGAAGAAUUGAGGUAUCAUACUCAAUAUGGCGCCGCAACACCCUAUCAUCCUCAAACAGUCUCAUAUCAGCAGCAAACAUUCAUACCGGCGGAUCAGUCUGCAUUUCAACGAGCCGGGACGACGGGACAAUACACCAUCACGGGACAGCCCUCACCACUGGCUCCAGUUGGAGGACAAACAGUAGUUUCGACAUCUCAGAGGCAGUUGAAUGGACAAUUUGUAGAUCCUGCAGCUUCCGCUAAUCAAUCAGUUGCCUACGAAAGACAGGAUUAUGUAAAUGGCUACCAACAACAAGAAGUGACGAUGGCACCGCCUCCAUCGACAACGCCGACGAGUCGCAGCAGUUCGGUGCACAUGGAUAGUCAGCAACAGCAACAGGGAGGUCCACAGCAGCCAUCGCAACAGCAGCAGCAGCAGCAACAACAAACUCCCACGGAUACGCAAGUAAAAGGAUUCGCCACGAUUGCCGCCAGUAACGUGUCGGGAAACGAGAUGCCUGGGUAUCCACUUCAACCGGACCCACAGAGUUUACACAGCUCUAACGGAUAUCCAGGCUACGUGGAAAUGGGUCAACAAACGCAGAACCAAUGGCAAAUGGUUUCGCAGCAGCAACAACAUCAUCAACAAACGCAAAUGCAACGGCAACAACCAGCAGUUGACAAUAAUCAACAACAUAUAUGGUCAGAUACGAGCGGAAAAAUGAGCAACAAUGUUAACAGUAAUUUAAAUUGGCAAGAAAGAACGAUGCAACAGCAGUCGCAUCAUUCCCAACAAAAUAUGCAAGGUAAUAUAAAACAAGUGGAGCAGCAACAGGCUACUCAAAUGCAACAACAGGAACUGCCGAGACCGGCAAGUCACAUGAGCUGGGAGACUGGAAGCGUAAAGGAACCCCAAACACCACAAUCGUGGUCAGAGAACGCUGACAACCAGCAGCAACAAACUCAGGGAAACUGGUCGCGACAAAGUCCAAAGCUAAGGGAUCCACAAAAUUCACGGUUAACGCCAUCCAGUCAGCAGCAGUCGUCACAACAUCAGACGUGGCUGCAGCACUCUCCAAAACUAUCAGAUCAUAAUAGUGCUCAACAAAGCGCAAGAAUGACGCCUUCUAUCCAACAUAAUUGGCAGCAAAAUAGUCCGGAAAUGCAAGGAUCUCAGCAGAAUCCGAGACUUACGCCCUCAGGACAACAGCUACAACAGCAACCGCAACAACAACAACAGCAACAGCAGCAGCAACAACAACAACAACAACAACAACAACAACAACAACAAUGGACGCAGCAGACCAAAGUAGAGCAGAAUCCCAGACUCACGCCGUCCAAUCAAAUGUCAUGGCCCGACACGCCGACUAGUCAACCGAAUUGGUCACCAAAUAGCAUAAAAAGUGAUAAUAGUCAACAGCCACAGCAACAGUGGCAAGACUCGCAACCCAGUCCUAGACGAACUCCAAGUCAUCAAUGGCAAAAUCAGUUGACACAGGAGAACAAGUUGGACAAUCGAAUGUCCUGGUCACCAAAAUCGGUAUCGGAAAAUCAACCGAAUUGGGGGCAACAUACGACAAAGCAAGAUAUGCAAAAUUCUGGAGAAAGAAUUGCGUGGCAACAACAACAGCAAACAACGGUAGAUAUUAACAAGCCGAAUGGAUUUCCGGAGAAUCAGGAUAAUCCGGAAAAUAGUGUCUAUACUCAAUCUAAUCGAGUCAACCUUAAUAGUCGUCUAAAAUCGAUGAUCCUGAAUAAACAGCAGCAACAACAACAACAGCAACAAAUGCAGCAGCAGACAUUGCAGACUCAUCAACAUCAUCAGAUGCAAUCGCAACACAUUAAUAGUAACAAAGGAUCUGCUGGAGAAUAUUCAACGGAUGAUCAGAUACGCGAUGUGCAUGAGAAUAGCGAAAAGAUACAAGAAAAGCGCACGGAUCAUUUUAUUAAUCAAUCGAAUAUUAUUUCGAUGUCGCAAUCUAACGAGAACUUGACCGGUAAUUUUUUAUCGCAUAGCCACCACCCUCGGGUAGAUAGUUUGCCCGAUGGUGGUGGCUUAUGGGAAUGGACGGGAGGAGAACAUAAUCAUGAUAACAAUGAUAAUAACAAGGAUAACGGUAAUCCUGUAUUACCGUCAGAAAAUGGAAUGACAGCUCUCGAAAGCUUCAUGAAGCUUGCUACAGAAAAUAAGAAUGAUAUCAUUGAUCGAUCGUGCGAGAACAAAGAGAAAAAUCAACAAUCUUGGGAGACACAGAGGAAAGACAACGAAGAUCGAAACAUAGAUGACAAGUCUUUUCAGCAAAGAUUAUGCAUAGAUCAAAUCGCAGACACGUCUUUCGAGGAGUCUCAAAAGACAUCUGACAAUGAUGAAGUGAAAAGCGACAACCUAGAUUUCUUAAAGACGACAAGUAUUACUGUUCGUACGUCUUCCCAAGAUAUUGACAAAUGCGACUCCGAUCAUGCCAUCAAGCAGGAGAACACCGUGGAUUACAAUUGUAAUGGCGAUACGUCUAGCAUCGCCGAAAACGAAGAAAGCAGAAAGAUUGUUCCGGAUUAUAAAUUCCGCGGUGAUGGUGGUCCCGCAAAAGUAUCACCGGAAACCGGUUCGUGGUGCUGUCGAAGAGGUGGAACCAAACAACCGAGUCCCGAACAUCUAAAGGAUGGCUGUUGCCAGGGUCUUCAAACCAAGGAUGAAAUGUUGGCAGAUUCCCCGCAAGCAGCCGAGUUAAAAAACGAAGGGCCGCAUAGUCCGCGCACUCCUGCCUCCGCGGCAACCACGACGACAAAAUUGCAAGACCACUUGGACAAACUGAAGAAUAAUGUCAGGACCGAAGUACCGGACUGCAACUGCUUCCCUGCCGACAAAUGUCCGCCAGAGCCCGGCUCAUACUACACUCAUCUCGGGGCGGCUGCAAGCCUGCCUGAUCUUCGGAACGAUCUUGAACGAAGAACCGGCCUUAAAGGUGAUGCGAUAAGGUUCGAAAAGGUCAUCUACACCGGCAAGGAGGGUAAAACUACACAAGGGUGUCCAAUGGCCAAGUGGAUUAUCCGACGAUCUGGCAUGGAUGAAAAGAUCUUAACUAUCGUCAAACAUCGUCAAGGUCACAAGUGUGCAACUGCCUGGAUCGUUGUAGCUAUGGUUGCCUGGGAAGGAGUGCCAACUCACGAGGCGGAUCGAAUUUAUUCUCUCUUAACUCACAAACUCAAUCGAUUUGGUCUUCCAACGACUAGACGAUGCGGUACUAAUGAACCACGGACUUGCGCAUGCCAAGGGCUCGAUCCUGACAAUUGCGGUGCUAGCUUUUCCUUUGGCUGCUCUUGGUCGAUGUAUUACAAUGGCUGCAAGUAUGCUAGAAGCAAAACCGUCCGAAAGUUUCGACUGUCUGUACGAUCGGAGGAACAAGAAGUCGAGGAGAGAAUGCAUGUCUUGGCAACACUUCUAUCACCUUUAUAUCUUAGCCUCGCGCCGGAAGCCUUCAAUAAUCAAACUCAAUUCGAACGAGAGGCAAGCGAAUGUCGGUUGGGAUUUAAGCCAGGUCGACCAUUCUCUGGUGUUACAGCUUGCAUUGAUUUUUGCGCGCACUCUCAUCGGGACCUACACAACAUGAAUAACGGAUGUACCGUGGUAGUUAGCUUGACGAAACAUCGGGCAUUGUCAAAACCUGAAGACGAGCAGUUACAUGUACUACCUCUUUAUAUAAUGGAUGAUACAGACGAAUUCGGUUCAAAAGAAGGACAAGAAAAAAAGGUUCGUUCCGGCGCUCUUGAAAUUUUAUCCAAAUAUCCAUGUGAGGUUCGAGUUAGAUCGGUUCCGCUUCAACCUUGCAGACGUCAUGGUAAAAAAAGGAAAGAAGACGAAUCUGAUAUUUCGAAUGGUAAAAAAGAUACAGUCAAAACCUUCUCAGAAAAAAUGGUAGACGCUGGACGUUCAAUGGGGCACGCGGACUCUUCUAAACCACAAUUGAGAGAGUCGCAAUUAUCGCUGGAGAUGACGCCAAUGUUUGAAGGAAUUGAUGCGCAAUUACAAAGUUCUCAGGUAUCAUCUACGGUCUUAGAUAGUCCGGUAUCCAUGUAUCAAGGUUGGGGAUCGUACCAGACUGAGCAACAAGGAUGGAAUCGAAAUGGUUGGCUUGAACAGCGAAAAAAUAACUGGUUGAAUCCAUGGGGAGAUUAUCCCUCGUUUAGCGGUCUAGAAAGAGACAUCAAAGUAGAUCCAGAUAGUACUAGUUUAGAUCCAGAUAUCAGACCUAGGAGUACCGUUUCCCAAGAAGAGCAUAGACCGAGCUCAAGGAAUUUAGCUAACUCUACAGUGGAUUCAGCCAGAGGAUGUUAUGGAAAUUCAACUAGAACUCAUCCCAUUUCGCCUCGUUCUCAUGCGAAUGUAGAAACGUCUUAUAGUGCAUCAUCGAGAAGCUAUGCCUCGAUGCUUCACGAACCAAAGAUGAUUUCGUCGAAAGAGCUAGAACAUUCAAACGUGGAAAAUAAUUAUAAUCAUCAUAUGAUAUCUGGAAAUUAUCCCGUUUCUGAUAAUAGACAAAAUGACUGUUCUCCGAGAAUAGGUUCUCUCAAUUCAUCGUUCGAUGUGGAAACCACACAAAACGCUCCAUCCAAGAUAAAUCCGUCGCCAAAUAUUCAUCAUGUUCGCAACACGGGACAGGAUUACAUCGCUAAUCAAUUAAGAUUAUCAUCUCCUAGAUACACGGAUUCUAGUCAGAAAUAUUCAAACAAUACGCAAAAUUAUAUAGAUGCUGAAAAUGCAGCAAAAUUAUUGAGACCACAGACUGAGCAAACGUUCACAAAUAGAAUGCAACAUUCUUAUCCAUCGCAACAGAUGCAAUCACCCAUAAAUUCCGGCUAUCCAAAUCAAUAUGGCGACGGUAAUGCAGCAAAUUUAUUCUCUUGCGUAGACAAUAGUAAUCAUAAGUCAAUGGAUAUGCCAAGCACAGACAUUGUGAUGCAUAGUUCAUUGCAUUUGCCAACAUUUGAACAGCGAAAUGAUGCGCAAUGCUCAUUGAUGCCGAAUGAUCAACGAAAACCCAUUUAUCAUGCGCAAAGACAAUCGGAAUUAAAGCCCUUCGUGGUUAAUCAUCCUGUAUCCCCGUCUUCCAAUCAAGUUGUCUGUCCACGUAAUUGGAAUAUGACGAACUCAUGGGGUUGUAAUCAAGUUAAGAAUAUACAGCAAUCUAAUGAUCAGCAGAUAGGUGAUAAAAAAAUCUGGGCCAAUAAACUAACAAGGCCAGACCAAGCCAAGACUACUUCCUGGGAAACGCCAUCUGAACCGUCGCCAUUUCGAGUGCCAAAGGGAAGACCGCCCUCGCGAACAAUAUCGAAUCAGAAUGCAUCUACGGAACUCAAUACGUAUCCAAAUCCUUUAAACAAAACAUUUUUAAAACCAUCAGAAUCGGCAAAACCUAUUUUUGCAAAUGCUCUAAGUAACAGCUCAGUCCAAAAUGGAUGUUUACCCAAUCAAAUAAAGAAUAAUUACACAGAAGAUAAAAUGCGAGAAGGAUUCUACGAUGGUAGACAGGAAGUGUCUAAUUCCAAUUCGAAUUCUUUGGCUUGGGCCGAGGAGAUGAAACAAGUACAGGAUUUUCAUGCCAUGUCUGGUUUAAGUCACCAUACGUUUCCUCAAUAUGGAUAUCCGACCUAUCCAGUAUUCGAAAAAUCUUACGCAAACUCAUGGGAAGGUUACAAUUACAAUCAUCAGUCGUAUCAAACCCCGGAAUAUCCCCAACAGUUUUAUCAGCAACCAAAGCGCGAAGGCUGCUUCCACUCGUCUCAAUAUCCGUAUCAGGGCUUGAAUCCAACAUACCAAGGUUUGAAUUCCGGUUGGACGAGGUGGGACGCACCGCGGUGGGAUAUCUAUGGACCGCCACCUUACUUUCCGGUAAUACCGGAACCUCCGCCAAAAGCGGAGCCGCUUGGUGAAGUAGCGGACUAUUCUGAAAACGAGGAAUGCUUCAAAGAUCCGCAAAUGGGUGGUGUUGCGAUCGCUUUGGGUCACGGCAGCGUACUCUUUGAGUGCGCAAAGCACGAGAUGCAUGCCACCACCGCCUUAAAAAAGCCCAAUCGCCUCAAUCCAACCAGGAUUAGCUUGGUAUUUUAUCAACAUCGUAAUCUAAAUAGACCCAGGCACGGUUGGGACGAGUGGGAGGAGAAGAUGCGACUGCGAAAAUUGGGCGUCACGACGUCGACCAUCAGUAGUAUGUCAUCGUCGACGACCAAUCCAUCGACUUCAACCACUGCGACAAGUCCUAGCGGAUCCAUAAAUGGAAAAACAACACCACUUCCAUCACUAUCCCACAUUCCAAAUGUUCCCAGCUCACAGUUUAUGAUGAGAUCACCCACAUAUACCACGAUGACUUGGACGACGCUCUUCCCGAUGCACCCGUGCAUGAUAACUGGUCCAUAUCAGGAAGGCGGUGCGAUUGGAUGAGUCGAGGUUGGGCGAUACAACUUCGAUCGUUGAUGAUUGAAGCUUGUAUCGAGAGAAAUGCCAGAAAUCGAAUCUAACAAGAGGAUCUAAGAUGCAAGAUCCUGAUGAGAAUCGCGACGUCUCCGAUCGAGGAUGAGCGAUGAGGCGGCGACUUUACCACGAGAGGCUUUAUAUUGUUAUUAUCGUUAUAGUUAGUUAUUCCGAAAAAAAACGAGAAACACAAUUUGCACUGCCAUUUUUCUAUUUCGGAUUUUACGCAGGAUUUAAACAUAGCGACAAAAACGUGCUCGAAUAAAGCCUCAGGUGUGAUAUCACUCUUUAUCGGGGCUCGCAUUUUAUAUUGACUUUUUACUGAGCUGAACUUGACAAAGGCUCUCGCAAUCGAGCCGGAGGCUGCAAAAUUGAGAUGACAAUUGAUGAAUGACCGAGGCUAUUGACGUAUCAGAAAAGCUCCGAUGAAAGGCUACGCCUUGCGAAGACUUUGAUACGAUAGAUUUUCGUAUUCUGAUCCUGUACACUUUAAGUAAUAUCGCUUACAUAUAACGAUUUCGUGUUGGUAGAAUUGUAACCUUAUUAGCUAGUCGAAGUCUAGAUGAUGAAUCACGCGAUGUCACACGUAUACACAGAGCACACAUUAAGCGUAUUGCACACUCCAAACACUCAAAAAAACUUGCACGAUAUAAUCUCAGAAUUAUCGCACUUUCGAGAAAUUUCGUAAAAGAUAAAAAAGAAAAUAAAGAAAUAUUCAUCGUAUAAGAAAUAUCAAUUAUUUGAAUUAAAUAUACAAUGAAACUGCUGGAUAAGAUAUCUUGAUUGGA